CUCCAGGGGAAGUUACUCUGGAAAGAAAAAGCAGACAACUAUGCCUAUGGUUGAGCAUGCUGAAAAUAUUUUCAAAUCUAUGCCUAAAGAACAACAUUAUACAUAGAAUGAAUUAUAGAGGCAGAGGUGGGGGAAGAAGAGGAUACAUAAGAGAAAGAUAUGGUAAUCACGAUCAAGAUGAUGAAGAAGGUGGAAAUCACAACUGGAGAGGUCAUCAUCAAAGAAGACAAGGUCAAAGGCAGUAUGAUGAUGAAAGAGAAGGGCACAGGCAGUAUGAUGAUGGAAGACAAGGCCACAGGCAGUAUGAUGAUGGAAAUCAUGAUAGAAGAGAUUAUAGAGGUCGAGGUAGAGGUCGUGGAGGCAGGCCACCAGGACUGAGAGGAAAAGAAAUUGGAUUAUUUUAUGCCAGAAAAGGAAAAGAAAAAAAGCAUAGAGAAGAAUUUGAACAGAGACCAGAAGUGUCAAUGCAGGGUAAAGAAGAUCACAUACAGAAAAUGUUAGCUGAUAUUGAGAAUUUGGAAAGUGAUGAUCAACUGUCAGGUGGAGCCUCCUUCAGUUGCAGGAAGAGACCCGACAGACACAGAGAUGAAACAGCCUCUUCAUCAUUCAGUGAUAAGACAGAUGACGUAACUCAGGAAGAUGAAGUGACAGAGGUUCCUGACUUAGAUCAGAUGUUUAAGUUAACACAACAAGAACAGGAUUUGAUAUUAGAGGAAUGGAAUGAGGAUAUGGACACAGGUGAAGAAGAUGAAAUAUCUUUAGAUGACCAGAAAAUGAUAAAAGAAUUAAAUGACAAGAGUAGAAACUCUCGGUAUUUAAGAAUGAUGGAGUUCAGAAAGAAAUUACCUUCUUAUGAUAUGAGGGAGGAGGUUGUGUCUGUGGUGAAUUCUAGUCAAGUUACUGUUAUCAGUGGAGAAACUGGAUGUGGUAAAACUACACAGGUUCCACAGUUUAUUUUAGAUGAUUGUAUUCAGAAAGGACAGGGGUCAAAAUGUCACAUUAUUUGUACACAACCAAGGAGAAUUAGUGCUGUUUCAGUAGCACAGAGAGUGGCUGAUGAGAGAGCUGAGGCUUGUGGGAAGGGUAAUUCUGUUGGAUAUUCUAUAAGAUUAGAAAGAGAGACCCCAAGAAGUAAAGGUUCAAUACUGUUUUGUACAACUGGUAUUUUGAUCAAAUACCUGGAAUCAGACCCAUCCUUGAUCAGGGCCAGUCACAUUAUUAUUGAUGAGAUUCAUGAGAGAGAUUUGUUGUCAGAUUUCCUGAUGAUUAUUCUGAAAGAUUUGUUACCAAAGCGACCAGAUUUAAAAAUUAUAUUGAUGAGUGCUACAUUAAAUGCAGAGCAAUUUUCAAAGUAUUUUAAUAAUUGUCCCAAGUUGAAUAUCCCAGGUUUUACCUUCCCAGUGACAGAAUACAGAUUGGAAGAUGUCUUAGAGAUGACUAAGUAUGUUCCGCCUACAGCUAAAAAGAAAAAGGUUCGAUAUGGACCAAAAUUCAAACAGGACAGGGAUGAAGCAGACUUGAAUCAGUGGAACUUGGAUGCCUGGUGCAGAAAUCUUGAAGGGUACUCAAGGCAAACAAUUCAGUCCCUGAAGGAUAUGGAUUUGGAACUAAUAGACCUGGACUUGAUACACAGUCUGAUUAGACACAUUGUAUAUAAAUUGGAGGAGGGAGCCAUAUUGGUGUUUGUUCCUGGAUGGGAACAGAUCAGUAAAUUACAUAAGUUAUUGAAUAAUGACAGAAUGUUUACAUCAGGUAAAUUUAAGAUUAUUCCAUUACACUCUUUGAUGCCUACCAUUAACCAGAAAGAAGUCUUUAACAGACCCCCACCUGGUGUGAGAAAAAUUGUCAUAGCAACAAAUAUUGCUGAGACCAGUAUAACAAUAGAUGAUGUCGUGUUUGUUAUUGACUGUGGUAAAAUUAAAGUGAAGGACUUCCAUCCAGAACAGAAUAUGACAACAUUAGAGGCUGAAUGGGUGUCAAGGGCAAAUGCAAGACAAAGACGUGGAAGAGCUGGAAGAGUACAAGCUGGCCAUUGUUUUCAUCUGUUUACAAGUUUAAAAGAGACUGAAUUAAGAGAUUACAUACCACCUGAAAUUUUGAGGACAAGAUUAGAGGAACUCUGCCUGCAGAUAAAGCUAUUAAAAUUAGGAAAAAUAGAACCGUUCAUUAACAAAGCCAUGGAGAAACCAUCUUUACAAGCUGUUCACAAAUCUAUUGCUAUGUUACAGAAUCUUCAAGCUCUGGAUGAAGACGAGAACUUAUUACCACUGGGCUACCACCUUGCCAGAAUGCCAGUGGACCCACAAUCUGGGAAGAUGAUCCUGUUUGGUGCUAUGUUUGGGUGUUUAGACCCUGUCUGUAUUAUUGCAGCCAGUCUUAGUUUUAAAGAUGCUUUCUAUAUUCCUCUGGGUAAAGAGAAAGAAGCUGAUAGAACUAGAGUAAGACUCUCUGAAGGCAGUCAAAGUGAUCACAUCAUGUUAAUAAAUGCUUUUCAGGGAUGGGAAAGAUCCAAAGCAAGAGGAACAGACAGACAAUACUGCUACGACAACUUUUUAUCUGGGAAUACAUUAAAAUUGCUGGCAGAUAUGAAAAGACAGUUUGCUGAAUUACUACAUGAUCUUGGUUUUGUUGCCAAUAGAGAUCCUAGAGAUAAGGAAGUCAAUAUAAAUUCAGAGAAUAUUGGAUUAGUUAAAGCUGUAAUAUGUGCAGGAUUGUAUCCAAAUGUAGCUAAGUUGACAAAUGUUCCACGAUCAAUGGAAAAAUCUCCUAGUUUAGUAUUACAUGAUGGUCAGAAGGUUGCUGCUCAUCCAAAAUCAGUAAAUGCCAAUGAAAAAGUCUUCAUGUCCAAAUGGUUUGUUUAUCAUACAAUCAUGAAGACUUCUAAGAUAUGGGUAUAUGACAUGACAGGUAUUUCACCAUAUGCUUUGUUAUUUUUUGGAGGAAAAAUCAGCACUGAAGAACAAUUAUGGAAUGAUGAAAUGAAGGAUGUAGUGGUAGUUGACAAUUGGGUAAGAUUCUGGUGCCCUGCUGAAACAGCUGUGCUUGUGAAGAAAUUAAGGAAGCAGUUGGAUAAACUUUUGGAAGAAAAAAUAACCAAAACCGGAGUAACUAACUGGGACAAAAGUUCAAAAGAAGGUGUACUAAUGCAUGCAAUAACAGACUUAAUUACUAUGGAAGAAGAGAAUAUUUCAAAUGGCUGAGAAACCAGUAGGCAUGUAAUGCAGGACAAGAAAUGAUGCAUGCUGGGAAAAAUCUACAAUACCUGGUGAUGGGUCAAGGAAACUUGUAGUGGAUAUUCUUAAGAAUUUGUGAUCUGAAAAAUGAAUAAAUGAAAAAGAGAAAUGG